CUUCAUCAUUUGAUAAGCCAUUAAGACGCCCUUUUGUAUCAUGCUACUCUUCCAGACAAUCACGAUUACUGCAACUAUAACCUUUACCUAUGCACAUAGAUGUUACGAUGGGCAAUACCAGCGCGACAAUAAACCAAUAUUGACAAUAGAAUGUGGAGGAAGGCACUGUACAAAGAUUCAACCACACCCAUUCGACCAGGAUUUUUAUGGAUGCGAUCUGACAGAACUAUGCAGAAAGAAAGAUGAUGGCUGUAGUGAAGAUUCACUAGGAACAACGUGCUGCUGUCAAGGAGAAUUAUGCAACAUCUCCACUCAACCUUCGUGUUUAAUCGUUCUCCCAAUACUUGCAUUGUACAAAGUGUUUAUGUAGAUCGGUUUGUCAUUCACAGGUGCCUAAGCUCGGACAAUUUUUUUUUUACCUUUCCACAUCCUCUGUACUUCGAAUUGAUCCACCACUUGAAAUAAUAACUAUGAGGGAUUUUUUGAGCGUAAUGUACAAAUCUCCCUCACGUGCGUAACGCCAAAGAAUUUGCUAGCAGUAAUCACAAAUAAUUUUUUUUCUAACUUUAGAUUAGCAAUUGGUCAAGUACGUUUCUUGCUAAUUUGUGCAUUUGCAAAAUUUUGGAAUGCGACGGAAUAUGCCUCAUAAGUAAGAAAAUACAUGAGAUGCUAUCUGUUGUGUCAGUGUUUUAGUAAUCAAUUGCCAAUUGUCAUAGUGUGAUCUGUCGCAAUACUCCAUAGGAUUUUCACUAUGCGCGAGAAAUGAGCGCUAUAAAAAGCGCUCAUUUUAGCAAAUGAUUC